CAGUUCAAUUCUAUAUACCAAAGUCUAUAAAAUAAUUGCCCAUAACAUGUAAAAAAAAAAUUCGAUAUCUGGCAAACUUCAAAUUGUGAUUCGUGAUAAGAACAUUGAUUAACCAUUAAUCUUAUUAACAGGUGCACGAAAUAAAUGAUAGUGACUCUUUGGUUCAACGAAAAGAAAAGGAAAAAAGUAAAAUCAGUGAGACGCGAUUAGCUCAACAUUAAAAUACUGGUAUCUGAUUCAUCAUUUGAGACGAAUGUCGUGCGAUAGAACCAUUCAAUAAUCAAAGGAGAUGUUUUUAUGUUGACGGAUUAGAACAUUUCUGUGUUGGUUUUUUUGUCGUGCGUGUAAUCGAUGAUGUUGUAAAAUAUUUUGUGUGUGGAAAACAAGUUCAAAUAACAAUACACCAGUAACGUCAACAAAGAAAUUGUUGUGCUGCAAUUUUUGCGUAACACGCAUUACCCAAAUAAACCGAAAACAGAUAGACUUAUUUGACUUACGCAUUGAAUAUUCGGUCAACAUUACGCUCCUAGUUCCGUAUAUCAGGCGAAAAUAUCAAUUGAGAAUGUGAAAAUGCCUGCGUCCGAUAAAGUGUGCAUGGUGUGUGGAGACAAAUCGUUGGGAUACAAUUUCAAUGCCGUCACAUGUGAAAGUUGCAAAGCGUUCUUUCGACGGAAUGCCCUUUCAUCGAAAGAAUUCACAUGUCCGUUCACUGACAAUUGUGAUAUUUCAGUAGUAACACGUCGAUUUUGUCAGAAAUGUCGCCUGGAAAAAUGCUUUUCAAUCGGCAUGAAGAAGGAGUACAUUAUGUCGGAGGAGGACAAAAUUUUGAAGAAAAUGAAAAUCGAACAAAACAGAGCCAAACGAAAGCCGUCAACAACAAAUCAGCAUGUGACCAUUCCGCAAAAAAUCAAACGAGAAAAUGGAAUAUCAUUGGACGGUGAUAAUUGGGAAGACAGCAGCAACCGAACAAAUACUCUAAGUCCAACCGUGUCCAGCAAUUCAUCGAGUUCGCGUAGUGAAUCAUUUACACCAUCCAGUUCGUUUGACCUCAAUGAAAUGUUUCCAGUGAUCAGUUCAUCUACGAACAAUCCCGAAAAGAUUGUGCCGAAACCAUUUCCCGAUGCAGAUGCUUCAUCGUCAGAAAUUGUUGAGUGUUUGGUCGAUUAUCCAGAGGAUGCCAGCAAACUGAUCAAUCAUCUGAUGAAGACACCGAAAGAAGCCGUUGAAGUGGUGACUAAAAUUCUAAGUUGCCAGAAAGAUGCGAUGCGUCUCAUUGGUCACUUGAUUAGUCAACCGGGCGACGCACUUAAGAUAAUCAGCAAAAUUAUGAAUUCGCCUUUCGAUGCUCUGACAGUUUUCACCAAAUUCAUGAGUUCACCUACCGAUGCGCUGGAAAUUAUCGCUAAAAUUGCAAGCUCUCCGCAGGAAUGUGUUCAAUUCAUACAGCAGUUAAUGAACUCGCCGGAAGACGCUUUGCAAAUUAUGAACAAAUUUAUGAACUCACCAGCCGAAGCCUUAAAAAUGUUGAACAAAAUGGUCAAUCAUUCAAGCAGUGUUGAUUCGACCACGAAAUGUAAAGAGGAACCAACGGUAACGAUCGAAGUUGAAGACGAAAACGAAAUCGCUACAUCACUCCCAUCGCCCGUUCAAUCACCAAUAGCAAACAAAGAGAAUCCGAUGAUCAAAUCAAUGUUGGACACCCAACUCAACGAUAGUCCGCACAGUGCAGCGGUGAUAAGUCCGACGCGGGAAGAAAACCACGAUAGCCAGGAGAUCGAUAAAAUUGAUUCACCAGAAUCGUCAGAAACAUUGCACACCAUUCUAAAUACCAUGAACGAUUUUUCAGUGCCUCAGCAUAGUUCGUUAGAAUCGGUCAUCGAUGAAGCGAUCAAAUUGGAAUAUGAAACCGUAAAUUCAUUGGCACCCAGCACGUCGAACAACCGAGAGCUGAACGAUGCCGAACGAGCGAAGUUAAAUGAACUGAUUGUGGCUAAUAAAGCUCUGUACGCACCGUUGGACGAAGAUUUGUCCGGAUUGGACGAAUGCAGCAUCAAGGCAAACCAAAAUUCGCAGGAUCCGCAAUUGUUGAAAAUAAUCAAUCUAACAGCAAUCGCAAUUCGACGAUUGAUCAAAAUGUCCAAGAAAAUUAAUGCUUUCAAGAACAUGUGCCAAGAAGAUCAAGUAGCACUUCUUAAAGGCGGCUGCACUGAAAUGAUGAUUCUACGGUCAGUGAUGCAGUAUGACGAUGCCGAUCGAUGUACAUGGAAGAUACCACACAGCGAAGAGGCAAUGUCAUCAAUUACCGUCGAUGUACUAAAAUUGGCUAAAGGUAAUGUGUACGAAGCGCAUGAAAGUUUUAUACGAACAUUUGAACCGCAAUGGCGCCAAGACGAAAAUAUAAUUCUCAUCUUAUGCGCUAUUGUCCUCUUCACCCCUGGAAGACCGAAAACCAUACACUCGGACGUGUUGAAAUUGGAGCAGAAUUCGUACUACUAUCUGCUGAGACGUUAUUUGGAAAGUGUUUAUCCGGGGUGUGUGGCCAAGUCGACGUUUUUGAAAUUGAUGCAAAAGGUCAUUGAACUGCAACGUCUCAAUGAAGUGAUAAUUAGUGUAUAUUUGGAUGUUAAUCCUAGUCAGGUGGAGCCACUUUUGCGCGAAAUAUUCGAUUUGAAAAAUCACUGAAACAAAUUGAGCACAAAAAAUAUUUACAAAAAUUGAUGGUGCGAAUUGAUUGUGGUUCGCUCGGUGAUAUCUAAUAAUUAUUUUGUUUAGCUAUACGGGAUCGGGACAUCCAUUAAUAACGUCAGCUCAUGCCAGGGGAAUUCGAAGUUAGUUCGACAAACAGUGGAUAAAAGCGGAAAGUUUACCAAGUAACAGGCCGACCACUCAAACGGUGCUUUAGGAGAUUUUUAGGUACAUUUUGGGAGAGUUUAGGGAACUUGUGUGUGUAUAUCCGGUGGACUUGGACGAAACGAGUUUUGUUGCUUAUGCAGUCUAUGUGACUAUUUUGUGGUAUUUUUACAACUAAAAUAUAGUUUAAAGGUCCCACAGACAAUAAACAUUGACCAUAAGACAGAUAUUACUAACAUUCGAAAAUGAUUGGGAUUGUUGAAGAUGUUCAUCUAUUCGCUACAAUUGUAAUCGAAGAUGAGAAGUGAACGAAGUCAGGCAAAAAAAACAAUGUUUCAGAUGAAUGAAAAGUCUAUUACUUGCGUGUUGGCGGUUUUUGGUCUCAGAUGCUUUCAUUUCAAGGCACGUGUGACUUUUUCGUCACUUUAAAGUUUGUUACAGAGCCAAUUUUUAGAACAAAAUUCUUUGAAAAUUAAAAAAACGAGCCAUCAGAACAGUCG